GGUACUUUGUAGCUGCUGAGGCAGUCAGUGUUCACUUGGUGAGAGGACAACAAGAAGUCUGACAGAAAUGCUGGCCUCAACUACAGAACAAGUUUUUGUAACAGGGACUUCUGGUCUGGUAUCUUCAGCCAGUAAUGGCUCAAUCUUCCUUGACUCUGAGUUUCGUUACAUCCUUCUCCCGGUUGUCUAUGGCAUCAUCUUCAUCCUGGGCCUCUUCGCUAACAUCUAUGUGCUGUUCGUCCUGCGCUGCCUCCGUGAAGCCAAGGCCAUGGGCGAAAUCCGCAUCUACAUGACAAACUUGACCAUUGCUGAUCUCCUUUUUGUCUGUGCCCUUCCCUUCUGGAUUGACUAUUACAGUCGGCAUGGCAACUGGGUCUACACAGACUUCAUGUGCCGGCUGACUGGCUCGUUGUUCUUCAUCAACACCUACUGCUCCAUCCUCUUCCUUGGGGCCAUCAGCGUCAACCGAUACUGGGCAGUCACCCGGCCCCUGGAUGCGGCCUCCUCAAACCACAGACGUCGUGGCAUCAUCGUCUGCGUUGCCAUCUGGGUAUUGACCGUGGGGUUGGCCAUCCCAUAUAUGGCAUUUCCAGGGACCAACACUGAUGAUAACAACUCCAUUCACUGUUUUGAGGGGUACCAGAAUGAAACUGACAUCCAGAAGAAAACAGUGGCUGCCACUCACUUUGCAAUAAUUGGAAUGUUUUUGGUUGUCUUUUUCCUGGUCGUGGUGUGUAAUUCCCUUAUUGCUCGAGCGUUACUUUCUCAAAAUCCUCCUCAGUCAGAGUUCCGGUCUGAAACGAUUAUAUCGAGGAAGUCCAACAGGACCAUGUCCUCCUCAACUAAAAGGCCCAGGGGGGUGAAACGGAGAGCUCUGCAGAUGUUGUUAGCAGUGGUGGGAGUGUUUGUUGUGUGUUUCCUGCCCCACCAUAUUAUUCAAGGCUUUUGGGCACUGGCAGUGUUGCAGAUCACACAGGGCUGGGGCCACGUAGACUGGGACCAGAAGACUCUUCAGGCACUGAAUGACGCUCAUCAGCUCACUUUGCUUCUCAUGGGCCUCAACUGCAUUUUGGAUCCUGUAGUUUACUAUUUUGCCACAAGGAAGUUUAGAAGGUACAUCAUGGCCCAAUUUAAAAAGGUAGUAAGGGGAGAGGGGUGCUCCCAGACGCUCACCUCGCAGCUCUCCAUGGAAAGCAGGAAUAAUUGCCAGAGACUCAAUAGCGAGCCUCAACAGCCGGAAAUGGAAUGAUUUGAACAUGUGUAAUAUUUGUACAAAAAUGUAGAUAUCGAUUACUUCUGAUUCAACAUUAGAUGACAUGCAGUAUUUUGUUUGUGUUUUUGCACCUCCAGAACUAUGAGCAGAUUUUCCUGGUACUGUAAUUUAGUGUUGGUGACUCUACACCCUCUCACACACAUUAUCUUGACAUUUAAUGCCCUCAUACUCUUUGAGGGCCGUUCAGAAUUGCACAAGUCAUCCUGUUCUUCCUGUGUGACAUACGAGCUAAAAAGAAGAUGUUUCACAAGACCGGACACGUUAUUUCAAUCCUCCCACAGGUGUUGUUCUGCCAAUAGAGAAGUCACAUCUAUAUACAGAGCCUAGUCCUCUCUUUUUGGGUGUUAAGGGGGGAGAUUCUCCAUAGAUUCUACACACAACUUAGUAGGUUUCCUCGUCACACAUGACAUAUGAUAAUUUGGUAUUGUGAAAUGAGGGAAACAGUAAUGCUUGAGCUAUGUUUCCUCUCUGGCAUCCAAUAUUGUGACAUUGCAUGUCUCAUGGUAAAAAUCCCUUGAUUCAUGUGAUGUGACAAAGAAACCCAACACCUUUUAAUAUUCACCCACCUACUGUGUUUUACACAAUAUACUGUGAGAUUACUUGCUGUUGCAUGACAGACGUAUAAAGCAUUUUUAUUAAGUAGAACACUUUUCAUCAUCUUGUAUGGUACUCAAAAGUGUGUGUAAUGUUAUUUUGAU